AUGACGCCUGAUCUCCGCGCUGCGGCCGCGCGCAAUCUCUCUUUGCUCCUCCGCCACGCUCCCCGCCGCACAACAGCACAGUUCCUCCGCCAUCAUUCCACUACGCAAUCGUCUGUAUCAUCCGAUGAAUUGACUCAUUUCGCAUCUCUCGCCAGUAGCUGGUGGGACCCUCUGGGUCCAUCGCGCAUUCUGCACUUGAUGAAUCCUUUACGACAUGAAUUUAUAGCCUCCUGUCUCUCAGAAGGAAAACCUGGAGUACCUGAUUCUGCCGAAAAGAAUGGCAGGCAAGAAGAGGAAGUAGAGAAGCCUGGAUUGAGAUAUCUAGAUAUUGGAUGCGGCGGAGGAAUAUUUGCCGAAUCUCUCGCGCGAACAAUCCCACUCAGCUACUCGACCUUUUCCACACAGACAAACGCCUCCUCUCUCCUCGCCAUUGACCCUUCCCCAGUCAUGAUUGAAAUUGCCCUCUCCCACGCCCGCAAAGAUCCCACUCUUCAUUCACACCUCCAAUCCGGAAAAUUCAAAUACAAAACCACCACACUUGAGUCCCUCGUGUCACGUUCUACGCCGUCAUCGUCCUCAACAAUGCCCUCCGCACCACCACCCCCCACCACCAACCCAUCAGAUUUCGACAUCGUCACUAUCUUUGAAGUCCUCGAACACGUAGACCCAUCCACCUCCUCUCCGCGUCAGUUCAUAGAAAACUGCCUUCGCCUCGUCCGACCAGGCGGAUGGCUCAUCGGCUCCACUAUCGCCCGCACGUGGCCUUCAUUCAUCGUAAAUCAGCUCCUUGCCGAAGCCCCUUGGCCCAUUGGCGUUGUUCCGCGCGGCACACACGAAUGGAGCAAAUUCGUGAACGUGGACGAACUACGAACCUGGUCGAGGUCGGUUAGAGUGGAGGAGGAAGGGCUUGAGUCUGGUGUUUCUACUAGAGGGCCGCCGAGGUAUCUUGAUACCAAAUGGAAAUGUGUUGGGGCAGUGUAUUUGCCUGGGAUAGGAUGGAAGUUGGUUCCAGGGUCGGAAGAAUGGGGAAAUUAUUUCUGGGGUAUACAAAAGCUGAGGUGA